AUGGCGGAUCCGCGCCGCUCCUGGUUCUUGUUCGGCCUCAACGCCGAGGAGGCGGCGGGGGCCCCGGGGCCGGGGCGGCAGCGCCUGGGGCUGAAGGGCGCCGUGAUCCGCCGCGUGUGUCCCGCGUGGAGCUGCGCGGUGCUGGACACGGGCUCCGGGCUGCAGCUGCUCAGCGCGGGGCGGCGGCGGCCGCUGCCCGAGGACUGCACGGCGGCGCUGCCGUCGGAGACGCACGUGGUGCUGCUGCGGGGCGCGGCGGUGCAGGCGUGGCCCCUCGCGGCGGCGCUGCGGGACGAGCUGCGGGGGGAGCCCGCGUGGAGCCGGGAGCUGCCGCCGGGAGCGCGCCCCGCGCUGCCGCUGCUGCCGGGCGGGUUCGUGGCCCCGCGGCCGCCGUUCUACACCGCGCUGCCACGGGAGACGCCGCUCCGCGCGUUGGCGCUGGGACACGAGCACGCGGUGGGGCUGGGACAGGCCGGGGAGGUGUACGGCUGGGGAGCCGGCAGGCACGGGCAGCUCGGCCACGGCAGCCUGGAAUCCGAGCAGCAGCCUCGGCUGGUGGAGGCGCUGUGCGGGCUGCCCGUGAGGGAGGUGGCAGCCGGCGGGUGGCACUCGGCCUGUAUCAGCGAUGGGGGAGACCUUUACGUGUGGGGCUGGAACGAGUCGGGACAACUGGGGCUGCCCUCCCGGGCGGUGGCGGAGCAGCAGGGAGAGGAUGAGGACGUGGGUGCAGGGCUCCAAGAUCCGCCGCUGCCCGGGGAGCCGCCGGGCGCUGCCUUCAUCUCCAUCCAGGCCUUCCCAGCCCUGCUGGACCUCCCGAUGGAGCCGGCAGUGGCUGCGGUGAGCUGCGGUUCACGGCACACGGCUGCGGUCACAAGAGGCGGAGAGCUGUACACCUGGGGCUGGGGGAAAUACGGGCAGCUCGGGCACAGGGACCGCGCCAGCUGCGACCAGCCACGGCGUGUGGAGCAGCUCCGGGCUCAGGGGCUGCAGGCGCUGGAGGUGGUUUGUGGGCCCUGGAGCACUUAUGUCUGCGUCCUGCAGCAGGGAGGGGCGCAGGGCUCCCAUCCCCACAGCACAGCUCCAGCCCUGAAAGCUGGGACUGAGCGUGGGAGCUGCCCAGGAGAGCUCAGCCCCCAUCCCUGACCUCAGUGCUGGAGCGGCGCUGCUGCACAUCACAGCUCAGACUGGAGCGGCGCCACGGCUGAAGAUGACGCAGAACGAAUGUAUUUAUUAAAUCUUAUUUGUUUUGUAACAGCA